CAGCAGGAACCAGACUAUUUACUAACUACACAGGACCAGAAUGACCUCUACGGCAGUCAGGAUGGAGAGCAGCUUGUCCAGAAGCAGUUUGUGGCUUUGAUGGAGACUCCUACUCCACAAACUGAGCAGAUUUUAUUUAAAAUCUCUCCUGUAGUUGAGGGCAAAGAUCAGGAAGGAAGCAGCUCCACUGUGUCAGAGACUCAGUCUCAUCCUGACACAAAGAAAAGACCUUUCAAAUGUGAUAUUUGUGGAAAAUGUUGUAAAUAUCAGAGUGAGCUGAAAGUACAUUACAGAACCCACACUGGUGAGAGGCCUUUUCCAUGUCAAACAUGUGGAAAAAAAUUUUCUCACAUUAGUAAUUUAAAUUUUCACAUUAGAAUUCAUACAGGUGAGAGGCCUUUUUCAUGCCAAACUUGUGGAAAAAAUUUCACUCACAUGAGUACUUUAAUUGUUCACAAAAAAAUUCACACAGGGGAGAGGCCUUUUUCAUGUAAAACAUGUGGAAAAAGUUUCAAACGAAUUCAUCAUUUAACUAUGCACCAGGUAAUUCACACAGGUGAGAGGCCUUUUCCUUGUGAAACGUGUGGAAAAUCUUUCGCACGGAGUGCAGAUUUGAACAUUCACAGGCAAACCCACACAGGUGAGAGACCUUUUUCAUGCCAAACGUGUGGAAAAAAAUUUUCUCGCAUGAACCAUUUAACUCUCCACAAAAAACUUCACACAGGUGAGAGGCCUUUUUCUUGUGAAACCUGUGGAAAAUCUUUCAUACGAAAUGCCACUUUGAAUGUUCACAGAAAAACUCACACAGGUGAGAGGCCUUUUUCUUGUGAAACCUGUGGAAAAUCUUUCAUACGAAAUGCCGCUUUGAAUGUUCACAGGCAAACCCACACAGGUCAGAAACCUCUAUUGUGCCAAAUCUGUGGAAAAAGUUUUAAUCAUGUUGGUAAACUGAAGUGCCACAUGAAUCAAAAACACAAAAGUGAGAGGUAGUCAUUUGACUGUCAGAUUUACUGCUAAGAUUAAAACUUGUCUUGGUAAUUUUCUCUGUCCAAAAUAUGUUAAAAAAAUAAAUGUUCACUAAUUUUAAUUAGACAUAGUUAGAAAUGGACGGGAAACUCCAUGCAGAAAGCUGGGAAUCGAACCCAGAACCUUCUUGCUGCAAGGCAACAGCGCUACCAACUGCACCACUGUGCAGUCCAUCAUGGAGCCCAGGAAUUAUUUUUAUUUAUACUGAAUCCGUUUUUACUUGAUGAAAAUACAGUUUUAAUUUGAUUUGUAAAAGUUAGUUAGUUGUUUGUAAGAGUUUCAGCCAGAACUGUUUUCAUUUCUACAAACAGUAGAAAUGUUCUUUGACAAUCUUCAAAGCUGUUUCAAAGAUAAAUGUGAAUAAUGUUUAGCUCAAAGCCAUCAGGUAAGUGUAGAAAAACAUGUAUAGAAACCUUAGUUGUAAAGGAAGUGACACAGAUGUAGUGGAAGCACUAAGAGCGGAACUCAAAGCCGACUUAUGCUAAACGAUGCAGGGCCAAAGCUUGCAGCAUUCCACACACCUUUCUGCAGUUAUUUAUGUACAUGUGCAAUUGUCUAUACACCUUGUCCAUGUUGAGAAUAUUUGAACUUGAUCUGGUUGGAGUUAAUCUGCUGAUCCCGCUGAUUUUGUUUUCUAUUUCAGUGAUAAUGAUAGUACCCUGCAGUUAAUAUGCAUUUCAUGGGCUUAGGUGCACAGACUGAUGUGCAAUUACAUCUUUAUGUGACAAAAACAGUGGAAAUGUACUGAGAUUUUCCGAUCCGUUUAAUUUUUAUUUGGAUGUAUUCAAUAGUGGGUUAUGUUAUUGUAUGAGGAUGAUUGUGGUUCAGUUUAAUUGUUUAAUGU